AUGUUUGAGAUCAAUAAAAAUUACUAAUCUGAUAUUUCAAUAUCUAUUUUUUUCCUCUUUAUAAAUGGAACAAAGAUACAUCAUAUGAAAUCAUAGAAUUUUAGAAUCAUCCAUAUCAUAUGUUUAAUUUAUGAUUUGUUUACAAAUCUUUAUAGGUUUAUCGAUCCAAUUAACUCUAUUUUAAAGUAAAGUAGAACUAAAAUGUAAGCAGAAUAUUUAUAUAAUCAAAAUAAUCUUAAAUAUGUAAGUACUUUUAAAAGACUGAUUACUUUAUAUAAGAAAGUAACCAUUUAAUUAAACUUUUAAUAAUCUACUUUAAUUAUACUAAUGUUUUUGAGUUAUUAUGUUGGUCUAUCUAAUAUAAAGGUAUGUUUUCCAAUAAAUGAGAAAUUAAAAUAGAAUUGUUCUGAUAAAAUGGAUAAUUUUAUCCAUCGAUAGAGGUUGAUUUAUAUAUAGUAUUCAUGUAUAACUAUACCAAAAUAUAAUAAGAUUUUAGAUUCGACAUAUUCUGAGGUAGAAUUAUUUUUAUUUGUAGGAUUAUAUAUUAAUAAGAUGCUAUAAGAAGAUUCUACAAAAGCUUAAUAUUAUAAUUAAUUUAUAAAUAACUUAAGAUUAUGCUAAUUUCAUUUUUUUUCAGUAUCUCAUCCAUAUUAUUGUGUUUUUUAUCAGGAUUAUUAUAUAAUUUAAUAAAAUGGAUAGGAUAGAAAUACUAUAUAAAUAUUUAAUUUAAUAGACUUUUUCUUAUUCCAAUUUAAGUGA